AUGGAGACAGAAACCGCUCGCCAUCUCAUGAAUCUCAUUCGACCAAAAAUCAUUUUCUCGUGCGCGUCAACCGCAAACUUCCUACGAGACGCCGCACAACUCGAGGGCGUCAAUGUUGAUCAUAUCGUUGUUUUCGAGCAUCAGAAACUAUUCCCUCAACUUAGGGAUAUCCUCGAAGAGAAUAACAAGUCCAUAGAGGCUUUUAAAGCUGUUGAUUACAGCUUGGAGGACGAAGUUGCAAUGAUUGUCUUCUCUUCCGGAACUACGGGCCUUCCAAAGGGCGUAUCUUACUCUUGCAAAGUUAUCAAGAAUCUUUUAAAUAACAUAGUUGCUUUCCAGCGCAACUACACGAAUAUACUCUGGUACUCGCCUCUUUAUUGGCUAAGUGGAACCUUACAUCUUUUUUUAACAACCCUGGGCUUCACGAAACGAAUAUUGCAUUUAAGUUUCGAUCCCGAAGACACCUGUCGCGUUAUUAACGAAUUUAAGGUUGAGUAUUUAUUUAUUCCUCCGACACUGGUCACUCACCUCUGCAAAUCUCGAGUACUCGAAAAAUACGAACUCAACUCACUCAAGCUUAUUUCCACUGCCGGGGCAAAUUUGGGCAAGAAAUUUAUUGAGCAGAUCAAGAGCCACCUGCCUAACGUUUGUUUCAGACAAGUUUACGGGUUGACAGAGUCAGGUGGAAAUUUAACGGUAACAACGAAUUCCUGCGAGAGAAUAAACUCCGUUGGCUUCAUCGUUUCAAACUCACAAAUAAAAAUAAUCGAUUUAGAGAGUGGUCAGGCUCUCGGCCCAAAUGAAUCCGGCGAAAUUUGCUUCAAAACGGCUAAAGCCAUGCUCGGUUAUUACCGCAAUCCAAAGGCGACCCAAGAGAUGAUAGACAACGAAGGAUGGUACCACACGGGUGACAUUGGCUAUUAUAUGAAGAAUGGUGAGAUUAUGAUGGUCGACAGAAAAAAAGAAAUAAUGAAAUAUCGGGGACAUCAAAUAUCACCCUCAGAAAUCGAGGAGUAUUUAAUGACUCACAAAGCUGUACUUGAAGCUGCCGUUAUAGGAGUUCCUCAUGAUCUCGAAAUUGAGGUCCCUAUGGCGUUUAUUAAAAGAACUCCUGGAUAUGAGGUAUCUGAAGAGGAGCUUGUGGAUUUUAGCGCUGAGUUGGACGUUCUUAAAAAAUUAAGGGGAGGUGUCAAGUUUCUGGAUGAACUGCCACACACACCAUCUGGAAAGAUAGACAAGAAAUUGCUUAAGGAUUUGGCAGCAGCUUCUUUAAAGUAG